AUCAAGAUCAACAAAUAGCUGCACAAGUGAGUGAUUGAGGCCACCGAGGAAGAAAUCUGGCAUAGUAAUAAGAAUGUAGCUCUUAAGUCCGACAACCCUGUCUGCAUCCAGGAUUCUCCGUUUGUCAACACCACCGUGGUUUCCGUGUAUCACAACAACUGUGACUUUGCAGCUCCUCCCACAAAGAGAUCGCAGCGGCGAUGCUGACCAGGACGUCAAGGCUCGUCUCCGGGGCCCGGCGGUUGGACCCUGGACGACUUUUGCACGCGGGGUCCCAGGCCCCCCAAAGCCUUGCCGCUCCCCUGGACAACCAGGCCCCAGAUGAUAGUCCCAGAGCAGUUUCCCGCACCAGUGAGAAGGACCCGGCCAGGCAUGGGGAGCAGCAUGAAGGUCUCCACUACAACAUCCCCCUCCAGGACAUGAGGACCCUGUUCCCCCACAGCCUGCCUCCUCGCUUUUCCAUGCAGGUGAAAACAUUCAGUGAAGCUUGUCUGAUGGUAAGGAAGCCAGCCCUGGAGCUUCUGCAUUACCUGAAAAACACCAAUUUUGCCCACCCUGCUGUGCGGUAUGUUCUCUAUGGGGAGAAAGGGACAGGAAAAACCCUCAGUCUUUGCCACGUUAUUCAUUUCUGUGCAAAGCAGGACUGGCUUAUCCUGCACGUUCCGGAUGCUCAUCUCUGGGUGAAGAGCUGCCGGAGUCUUCUGCCCUCCACCUACAACAAGCAGCGUUUGGACCAACCUGCAGAAGCUUCCAUCUGGCUGAAGAAUUUCAAAACUACAAAUGAGCGUUUCUUGAGUCAGAUAAAAGUUCAAGAGAAGUAUGUCUGGAAUAAGCGAGAGAGCACGGAGAAAGGCAGCCCUCUGGGAGAGGUGGUGGAACAGGGCAUCAUGCGGGUGAAGAACGCCACGGAUGCAGUCGGGGUUGUUCUCAGAGAGCUCAAGGGUCAGAGUUCUUUGGGCGGGUUUCGCCUCCUGGUGGCAGUGGAUGGAGUCAACGCUCUCUGGGGAAAGACCACACUGAAAAGAGAAGAUAAAAGCCUGGUGGCCCCCGAGGAGCUUGCACUCGUGCACAACCUGAGGAAAAUGGUGAAAAACGACUGGCAUGGAGGCACCAUCGUGCUGACUUUGAGCCAGACUGGAUCCCUCUUCAAGCCGCGGAAGGCCUAUCUGCCUCAGGAGCUGCUGGGAAAGGAGGGAUUUGAUGCCUUGGAUCCCUUUAUUCCCAUCCUGGUUUCCAACUACAGCCCGAAGGAGUUUGAAAGUUGUAUUCAGUAUUAUCUGGAGAACAGUUGGCUUCAACAUGAGAAAGCUCACACAGAAGAAGGGAAAAAGGAGCUUCUGUUCCUGAGUAACGCAAACCCUGGACAGCUGGAGCGGCUGUGCGCCCACCUUUGAGCCACGGUCACGACGCGCGUGGACGACAGUGGACGUUUCCUUUCACAGACCCCGUCGGGUGGGGGGGCCACACGGUCCACGGACAGAGGCCCCUGUGCCGCAGCGGCUCCCCCGUGAAGUGACCAUGUGGCAGUAAGGUGUCCUCUUGUUCCCGAAACUCGUGAGAGCUUGUCAGGGGUGGUUUUCGUAUCGCAAGUAAUUAUGGAUCUGUCCUUAAAAAUAAAUGAUCCUUCUUAAA